GAGGCUGAACGUCUUCGUGAACGGGAAGCCGAGCGAUUAUGUUCUGAGGUGCUGGUGCGUGACACGAUGGAAAAGUACAAACGGAUUAAGGUAGAUAACGACGCUCUCCGAGAACGAGUUGCGAGUUUGGAGAAACUGGAAGAGCGAAUGGCGCUACAAGAUCAGCAGAUUUCCGAGUAA